ACUGGGUGUGUGGGUCUCCCGCAACUGCCGGCACAGGAUGGCUAUGCUUUCUUGACACGCUGCCUUAUCACCUGACGCUGAUCGCGCCUGCUAUCCGAAAACAUUUACCCUGUGGAUGACAUCGCUACCACAUUGCCAACUUCGGUCACAAUCUUCCCCAAUGCUGACUUAGGAGGACCGUUUGACCAGAUGAGCAGUGUGACAGGAGAUGGAAUGAUCAAUGUUGACAUGAGUGACAAGAGAUCCCUGGAUCUGCCUUAUGCCAGCAGCUUUGCCCCAGCAGUUUCUGCUUCCCGCAAUCAGACUUUUACCUACAUGGGCAAAUUCUCCAUCGACCCUCAGUACCCAGGAGCCGGCUGCUAUCCGGAAGGGAUCAUUAACAUCGUGAGCGCUGGGAUCCUGCAGGGGGUCAGCACCCCCUCUUCAUCGGCCACUUCUUCCUCCACGGCAUCUUCUGCCUCCCCCAACCCGCUGGCCAGCAGCGCUCUGAGCUGCAGCAUGGCUCAGAACCAGCCCGGAGACCUGGAGCACCUGUACUCACCUCCGCCUCCCUACUCGGGCUGCGGGGAGCUCUACCAGCAGGACCCCUCCUCCGCUUUCCUGCCCGCCUCGGCCGGGGGCUCCCUGCCCUACCACCCGCCCCCGUCCUACCCUUCCCCCAAAGCGGCCGCGGACGGCGGGAUCUUCUCCAUGAUCCCGGAUUACCCGGGCUUCUUCCCGCCCGCCCAGUGCCAGCGGGAGCUGCACGCCCCGCCCGAGCGCAAGCCCUUCCCGUGCCCCCUGGACUCCCUCAGGGUCCCGCCGCCGCUCACGCCGCUCUCCACCAUCCGCAACUUCACCCUGGGCGGCCCGGGGGCCGGGGCGGCAGGGGGAGGCGGGGAAGGUGGGCGGCUGCCCGCCAGCGCCUACAGCCCGCACAACCUGCCCCUGCGGCCCAUCCUGCGGCCCCGCAAGUACCCGAACCGGCCCAGCAAGACGCCGGUGCACGAGCGGCCCUACCCGUGCCCGGCCGAGGGCUGCGACCGCCGCUUCUCCCGCUCGGACGAGCUAACGCGGCACAUCCGCAUCCACACCGGCCACAAGCCCUUCCAGUGCCGCAUCUGCAUGCGCAACUUCAGCCGCAGCGACCACCUCACCACCCACAUCCGCACGCACACGGGCGAGAAGCCCUUCGCCUGCGACUUCUGCGGCCGGAAGUUCGCCCGCAGCGACGAGAGGAAGCGCCACACCAAGAUCCACCUGCGCCAGAAGGAGAGGAAGGGCGCGGCCGCCCCCUCCUCCUCCAGCGGGGCCAGCGCCCCGGCCGCGCCCCCGCCUGGCGCCGUGUGCGGCGGGAGCAGCGCCGCCGGCUCGGGGAGCCUGGCUGCCUGCGCCUCCAGGACCAGGACGCCCUGAGGCAGCCCCCUGCGCGCGCACUCUCGCCUGCUCCCGGGCGCCACGGCUUAGCGCCGAGCCCGGCCCGCCCUCGCACCUCCCGCCCCGGCCGCCGGAGAGGGGCAGAGGGGCUGGGGACUGACUCUGCAGAGCGCGGCCUGGCCUGGCCAGCCCGGGGGGCACCGUGUAUGCUCGGCCGGCGGCGGGCUCAACCGCUGUGCACUUUAUAGCUUCGUUGACUGCCCUGGGGCCGAUGUGCCGUGAGGAGGAAGCGGGGACGGGGGCACCCGCUCUGGGGCCCUUGACUAGUAAUCCAGGUGGUUGCGUGUGAGUCUAAAUCCUUUCAGCAAUAUCAGUGCAACUGACUUGGAGCGCAGAAGUGCAAUCUGAGGGGACGGGACAAGGGACAGGUGGUUUCCAGAGUUUUAAAUGGCUAUUUUUCAGCGUAUAUUCACUCCGAUUUUGUGUAUUUUUUGAUGUGCACUGUUGAGUUCUCAGCCUUUGGGGAAGGGGGGAGGCAAAGCAUUUGUGUGAUCUAUCAAAAUGAGCGUCAGAGAAGUUAAUUUAUUGAAGGUGGGAUGUAUGUAUAUUCUCUGCUGUUAGGAUGCAUGCAAACGUGUUGAAGUGUCCUUGGUGCCUUGUGUGAUGUAGACAGUGUUUCAGUGUCUGCAUGUAGAUGGGUUGCCUUAUUAAUUACGACAGAAACAUGUUCAGUCUCUGAUCUUAGUAUGGCUGUACAUUUCUGCCCAUUAAUAUUUGUAUUUUUUAGAAACUAUAUUUUUGUACGCACUGUUUUUUUGUGACUUAAAAGUGUUACAUUUGUAGUCAGAUUUCAGAUGAGGAUGUAAAUCAUCUUGCUAGAGCUGGCACAUCAAUUGUCCGCUCGGAACAAUAGCUGAAAUAGAAAUGGUAUAGUCUAAUAAUGCACAACCACUAACC